GCGACGCGAAGGCACGAGCUCCGCAGUACCGUUAUGUACGACAGUUUGAAAAGUGAAUUAACAAAUCAAGAUAAUCAGUAUACAUUUUGUAUCUUAGAGUGUUUGACGGAUUGCAAAAAAUAAUUCGAUCAUGAAGUUAUUACAUUUACUGGCUAUAUUGGCUAUAUUUUUCAUAAAGACGUACCACGCAAGACAAUAUUUUAUUUGUAAUCCAGAAAUUAUGAUCCCAUGGACACUUUUUCCAAUAAAAGGCCCGUUACCCGCCCCGGAAAUCCGUUGCAGAUAUUACAUUAGUCCAGACAAAUUCAAAAUUCCUCUCAAAUACAACAAAAAUGAAAAUGCAUAUUACGGAGCUAUUUCAAUUGGAACGCCACCAGUGCAGAUGAAUGUUCAGUUUGAUACAGGAUCGUCUUCGUUGUGGGUGCAUUCAACUCUUUGUGAUAGUCCGGCAUGCCCAAAAAAUCGUACUCGAUAUUAUGAUCACAACUCCUCAGAAACGUACCAAAAAUAUGAAAAAGAGAACGAAUCGUCUACCUUAUGGUAUGGUUCAGGAUCUGUAAACGGAAUUUGGUCUCGUGAUACGAUUUCAAUGAAUGGCUACAAAGUGAAUAAUCAACGCUUUCUUGAACCCACGGACAUGUCUGAGCAAAUCUCGAACGGAGCAUACGAUGGGAUCAUGGGAUUAAAUUACAACCCAGAGAGGGAUUCAUUCAACAUUUUGUCAAAAUAUUGCGAAGAACAAGAAAUGCACGGCAAUGGAUUUUCUUUUUAUUUAACCAAAAACGAGUCAGAUGAGAAUGGUGGCGAGUUAUGGUUAUGCGGUUCAGAUAAAUAUGACUACAACUACCAGCUCGAGGGAAAAAUGAAAUAUGUGAACGAAGUAAAAAGUUCCACAGGCCUCUCAUGGACAAUACCCGUAGAAAAAGUUUCAAUUACGAGUGGUUACGGCGACAAAAGAUACACUGAAAUAAUCGCCACGAAUAAUACAGCUUUAGUUGCUACCGGAUCAUCAUUUAUUCAUGGGCCAGAGGAACACGUUACUGCAAUUAAAAGAUCUAUAGAGUCAAUCCUCUCAACGAUGCAAGACCCGAGAUCAAACUUACACCAACUUCCAAACAUAACAUUCACAAUGGGCGGCGAAGAUUAUGUACUCACAGCACAAGAUUAUAUAACUGAAUAUGACGACGCCGACGUCACAAUCGGUUUAUCUAAAACGAAUACUCCAUCUCCAUCUGAAUGGGUUUUGGGAGCAGUUUUUCUUCGCAAGUACUACACUGUAUUCGACACGUACUUUCACCGAAUAGGAUUCGCCGAAAUUUAGGGUUUAAGGUAUUAUUAGACUUUGUGAUAUAGGUUUAUGUAUUAGGUAUUUUUAUAUUUAGUAUCUGUAAGAUUUUGUAGAUUGAUGUGGUCGUUCUGAAAACCAUAUCCUUGAUUUGUCUCAUCACAAUAAACCAUGAGUGCUCGAGAGGA